UGCCCAUCUCUAAACACGUGAAACUUGCUUUGCUCCGGUUGUGCACAUUUUUAAAAUUCAAAUAUAAUUAAUGUUACAAUGGGCUUAACUAAACAAUAUUUAGCUUAUCGUCCAGUCGACAGCUUUAAUAUAAUCUCCUCGGGUCGUGCCAAUGUCAAUUUUGCUGUUGUCGACCGCACUGAGGGACGAUUCGUUGCCAGUCCUGCCGCAGAGAAUGUUGUAGUUUGGGAUUUGCGUUUGGGUGAUCGUAAGUUGACUUUGCGCCGGGAAAAAUUCGAAGUGACAGCCUUAAGAGUCUCACCGGAUCAUUUGCACGUUGCUGUGGGCUAUGCGGAUGGAACUGUUCAGAUCUUUGAUAUUACCUCUCCGACCUAUUACAAUGCCAUUGGUUCCCUGGCCCUUCACAAGAAUGCUGUUAGCAUUUUACGUUAUGAUAAUCAGGGUAUGCGCCUGGUCAGUGGUGGCCUGGACACCGAACUUGUGGUCAUAGAUGUCGUCGAGCAGGCUGGGCGGCAGCGAUUGAGUGGUCAUAAUGCAGCCAUAACCGAUGCACAUUUCCUGCAACGUAUAUGCGAGGAUUCCAAUAAUAUUGUUGUCAGUUGUUCGAAGGAUACACAAAUCAAAUUCUGGAAUCUGGAGACACAAUUUUGCUUCAAAACUAUUGUAGACAAUCGCACAGAAGUCUGGGCCUUGGCAUUUUUAAAAGAUUUCAUGGUUGCGGGUGCUGGAGAGAGUGGCAUGAAUGUAUAUCGACUAAAACAACGUGAACAAGGAGAUCGUGGUACUUUGGAAUCCGCGGUUGAGGGCUUGUCAAUAGACGAAGAGGACUCCAUAUCGCCAGUGAGUGUUGUCAAUUGUGGCGUCAUCCAGAGAGCUAGUAAAGGUCGUUGUGUUAGCUUGGUAGCUGAUCCCAAUGAAAGAAUCUUAAGCUGUCACGGUACAAAUGAUCUUAUUGAGAACUUUUAUAUAUGCACCGAGGAGGAGGUGAAACAACGUCUGGCAAAACGGCUUAAGAAAGCUAAGAAGGCAACAACGACCACCGAGGAGGAAUUGUCCCAAGAGUUGUCUCUAAGCGAUGAAAUUAAACGACUGGAGUCCAUCAAAACGAAACAAAAGAUCAAGUCAAUUGAUGUAUUGUUGGGAUUGAACAAGGAACUACGUGUCCUGGUUAGUUUAGCCAAUAAUAGCCUGUCCCUAUAUUCAUUGGAAGCAUCUCUAAAGAAUCGCAAGCCGUCGGACGAGACCAGCGUGAAAGUAUUGCGCUCUUUGACUCGCCUAGGCCAUCAAUCGGAAGUGCGUUCUGUUAGCUUUACCAAUGAUUCGUUGGCCAUUGGUUCGGGAGCAGCGGAAUCCUUUAAAUUCUGGGAUCGUGAGGUCAUGCAAUGCUUGCGUACAGUUCCAACGGAUUAUGUUCUAUGCCUGCGAUUCGUUCCAGGCGAUCGGUAUGCUUUGCUGGGCAUGAAGACUGGCAAACUGCUAAUUGCGGAUGUGGGAUCGGGUGAUAUUGUCGAAGAGAUUCCAGCACACGAGAGUGAGUUAUGGUCUAUUGCCUUGCUGCCUGAUCAAAAAGGCUGCAUCACGGGCAGUGGAGAUUCCACCAUAAAAAUAUGGACAUACGAAUUGAUUGAUUCAAAUGAACAGACAAAAGUUCUGUCUCUCUUACACAAGAAUACACUGAAGCUAGAGGAAACCGUCCUUUGUGUGGGAGUCAGUCCGGAUAUGAAAUAUUUGGCGGUGGGCCUGCUAGAUUCGACAGUGAAAAUCUUCUUCCUGGACACAUUUAAAUUCUAUCUAUCGCUCUAUGGCCACAAGCUGCCCGUUCUUUGUUUGGAUAUCUCCUAUGAUUCUACACUGAUAGCCACCGGUUCAGCUGAUCGAAAUGUCAAGAUUUGGGGUCUUAAUUUUGGCGAUUGCCAUCGUUCGAUAUUUGCCCAUGACGAUUCGGUGAUGUCAUUGCAAUUUAUACCCCAAACUCAUAUGUUCUUCACCUGUGGCAAGGAUGGCAAAGUUAAGCAAUGGGACGGAGAUUCGUUUGACAAAAUUCUCACCCUGCCGGGUCACAUUGGUGAAGCUUAUUCCCUCUCCGUGUCGCCCAAUGGUCGAUACUUGGUCACCUGUGGAUCGGAUCGUACAUUGCGUUUAUUUGAACGCACCGAGGAGACGAUUGUUCUGAAGGAUAUCCAAGAGGAAGAACGCGAGCAAAUGGAGAAUGAACAAUUGGCCACAGGAGAGGAUAACAGUGUGCCGCUUUUGCCAGGCCUCAAGUUGCCAUCCCGCAAAACAGUUGGAUCUGAACAGGCAGCUGAUUCCAUUGUGGAGUGCCUAGAAAUAUCCAAGCAAUUUGAAUUGGAAGACACUGAGAAACCUGAAGUACAUCCCCUUAUGCUGGCCCUGCAAGUGAAGACUCCCACGGAUUUCCUGGUUACUACAUUAAUGCGCAUACGUGCCUCUGAUUUAGAGGAAGCUUUGCUUUUGCUGCCCUUUUCUACGGUGUGCGAAGUGCUCGAACGUCUUCCGGUGCUGAUAGCUCAACGUCCUGACGAAUUAGAGUUGCUGUGUCGAGUCACAAUAUUCCUGUUUAAGGUGCACAUGAAACCCAUAGCAGCCACCAAAACAAUGAAACCCCUGCUCAUCAAGAUCCUUGGCUUAUUAAAGAAUGAUGUGAACCAAUUGCGUGAUUGUCUGGGUUGGAAUCUGCAUGGACUCUCCCUCCUGCAGACGGAAGUGGAGCAACGUGAGGGUGUUCAACUGUUCCGUGAGGCCACCCAAGCUAGGCGGAAAAGAGAGAAAAAACGGCGGGAAACCACCAAACGACGAUUGCAGAUUCAGAUGGUCUAGGAAACAAAUACAUUUAAUAAUAAAUUUAGACAUUGUUUAUUUUAAUUCAGUAAUAAAUAUACCUUCUUUUGUAUAUAAAAGUA